AGGAAAAAAAAAAAAAAACACGGGGAGGAACUUUGACCAUUAGCUCCUUGUUAGCAGCUAAUAGUCCUUUUAUAUUUAAUAUUUUCAUAUUCAUGUGUGUUGUUUCACAUGCAGAGAGAUGUGGUUUAUUUAUCUCCUGAGCUGGCUGUCGCUGGUCAUCCAGAUAUCCUUCGUCACCUUAGCAAUCGCUGCUGGCCUGUACUACCUGGCAGAACUAAUAGAAGAAUACACAGUCGCCACCAGUCGAAUAAUAAAAUACAUGAUACUGUUCUCGACAGGUGUGCUGGCAGGUCUGUACCUCUUUGAGGGCUUCCCAGUGUUGAUGGUGGGAGUUGGCCUCUUCACCAACCUGGUGUACUUCGGCCUCCUGCAGACCUUCCCUUACAUCCUGCUGAGCUCACCCAACUUCAUCCUCUCCUGUGUGUGGUGGUUGGUGAAUCACUACAUGGCCUUCCAGUACUUUGCAGAAGAGUACUAUCCUUUCUCUGAGGUGCUGGCGUACUUCACCAUCUGCCUGUGGGUGAUCCCCUUCUCCUUCUUUGUGUCACUCUCAGCGGGAGAGAAUGUGCUUCCGUCCACGAUGCAGCAAGGAGAUGACGGGUCUAAUACUUCACCAAAGGGCAAGAGGGGGAAGAGGUCCGGGAUCCUCCUCGUGUUCUCUUUCCUCAAGGAGGCAGUGCUGCCUAGCCGACAGAAAAUGUACUGAGGAGGGAGCGGAGCCGGACUUGGGGUGCAGCCUGGGGGGGGGGGGGCAGCGGCGAGCGGGGAAGCCAGGAAGGACUGUGGAAUUCAUUUGUGGACGGAACUAAAGCAACGAGGGGGGACGAGGAGCACACGGAGGGGACGGACCAAUGAUCAGCGCUUCCUGCUGCUGGAUGAGCCGACGAGUUUACACAGGACACGUUUGUCUGCCUCUGUCUGUCUCUCUGUAUAAACUGCCAACACUGACAACAUCGACUAGAGACCGUUCUAGGGUCUUGUCUGUAGCGCAAAAGCUUUUUCUUAUCGCCAGCAUUGGUGGGACUCCUCUGUUUUAUAAGCUUUGGUAUUAAAAGCGUGCGUGUGCAAGAUCUGAAAGUAACAAGAAAAAAAAAAAGAAUCGUUAGAAUCGUAAGGGUCAUCCUUCAGCACUUGCCCUCUCUUUUUUUUUUUUUUUUUUUUUUUUGUUUAAGACAUCUGCUCUUGUGUCUGUAUUUAAUGUUGCACACAGUACCUGACUCUGUACACAACCUAGCAUUGUAAACAGAUAGGGGGACACAUAUACAUGAAAAAUGCAGAUUAAUUAAUGUCAGUGGAUAAAAAUCGCUCUUGGUAAUCUGUUUUUCUGUUUACCAGCCUUUGGCGGGUAUUGAUUUUGAACAGUGUGUCUUUUUCUUCAGAUGGGGGAAAUGGAUUGGACUUAGAUGAGUGGCCUAAGUGAGACAGAAUAAAAGUAUUUUCUGGUUGAUUCCUAAAGUCCGGGAGGUGAUCCUAGAAAGGACAUUGGUAAAUUGUGGCUCAGCCUGCCACUUGAGAAGAAAAUUGUCCAGGCUGAUUUUUUUUUUUCCUCCAAUUUCAAACAUCAAUUUGGCUGGUAAAAUGUGUAUAAGUGGCAGUAACAGCUGGAGGAGAAGCCUAGAAAUGCCUCUGUGGUGCUACCUCAAGCGAGCCAGGCAGAUUCUGUUGUGCAGAUAAUAUUGGGAAGCAGCUUCCGAUCUAUGAGGCUAGAUGUGACAUGAACGUCAUGGCCUAAGUUCCCCACGCAUCACCUCACAACUGUGAAAUGGCUUAAUGCAGACACUUGGGACGGAGUAAGUUAUAAAUAGAAGCACACCUCUAAACUGAAUGGGCUAGGAAAGGAUCUCCCUGCCUCUGGAUCAUUUCCUUUUAUGUGGCCGUUAAGGAUUUAUGUGAGAAUUUGUUCUCUCUGCCAUUUCCGUGUUCAUUAAUCAUCAUCGCCAUAGUUUUGCAACCCGCUCAUCUUUCCUGGACUGUUUUUAAUAAGUCUGAAUAAUAAAGAAGUGAUUUUUGUACAUUGAAAACCUAUGAAGACAGAAACCUGUGCAAUGACUCGUAUAAUUGUGGGUGUUGGGAGACAAAAGCUGCUGAAGUGGUUUGAGGAAAAAAAAUACUAAAGAGGCAAUUACAUGGAGUCUGAAAUUCUUUUACUGAUUAACUGAGUGGAAUUCACUGUUGGCUGGUAUGCACACAGAUGUAUAAUACGAUAAUAAAAGAGUUUUUGUUGAAA